AUGCCCCAUGGGCAGCCGCCCAUGCCUCCUCGGCGGCAGCAAGACCUUCCUUACGCUACUGGCCCUCCCAACAUGCGGUCUCCGCCAGCUUAUAUGGGUUACCACCUCCAUAUGAAUGGCCACCCGCCGCCCCCGUAUUCACCUCAUCAAUAUCCUCAGUGGUACCCGGCUUAUCCUCAAAUGCAAAUGCCUCCCCGACCAUAUCAACCUCCGUACGCCGCCACUCCUAUGAUCGUGUCUUCGUAUCCUCCGACCCAGCCUAUUAUGGCGCCGGCCCAUAUUCCGCCCCCAUCGCUUCACCUACAACCGAGAACUUCAACUCCUCUGCAACCCGCCAUGUCUCCUGUGCCUCCUCCGAUGGAAAUGCAGGAGCCCCCUCCUGUCAUUAGUGCACCUGUCAACCCCUCUCCGGCUCCGCCAGCGUCCUCGCCACCCACCGCUCAAGGAGGAAUCAAAGGUAUUCCAUACUUUCCUCCUCUUUCAGGCCCGUUUCGCGCGCCGGUUCCCUGGCUUUCUGUGCCCGAAAAGCCGUUUCCGCCCCGAGCCCCGCGCAAACGCCGGACAAGAGCUCGCACGUUGCAGUCUGCUGCGGUUGAGCUUCCUGCCAAACCAAGCCAGGUAGUAGAGAAGCGGGACACGCCUAAGCGUGUAGAGACGACCGCUCAAGAACUCUCUGAGCCGCAGACCCCGAUGUCUGCUGGUCCGUCGGAUGCCAACUCAACCCAGCCAACGACGCCUUCUUCCGCCCCUCAGGGACAGUCCGCUCGCCCUCAACACCAGUCGAAAUUAUCGAAGCCAGCUGUUCCUGUGAUUCCUGUGGUUCCCGUCGUUCCACCUGCCGCAGGCACUCCCCGUCAACCGGCAAAGGAUGAUUUUACUCGUGUAUCCGAACCACCAAAGUCUAACGCCACCGUUGAGAAUGCACCUGCCGAGCCCGCUCAAGCCCAAACUGACGCGACCACAUCGGAGGAGCCUACAAAACCAUCAUCGCCUCCUCGCGCAGCACCGAAGUCAUGGGCGGACCUAGUUCGGGAGAAGUCAGCGGCAAAGGCCGCAGGCGCUCCACUCAGCACUUCCACGGAAGCCAACGGUUUGAUGGCGCACAAGAGGAAGUCUCUUGCUGAUGUUUUGACGACUUUGGGUGAAGAUGUUGCGCAAUACGGUGACAAGGUUGCGUUCCUGGAGCCCAGAGGACUUGUGAACGCUGGAAAUAUGUGCUACAUGAACUCUGUUCUCCAGACCCUUGCUUCAUGCGUGCCGUUCUACCGCUUCCUAGACCACUGCGGUCGUCAGGCAACUCACAGCAUCCAAAGUGAUUUCCCGAUGGUUGAUGCUAUGAUCAUGUUCUUGAAAGAAUUCCGUAUCAUUGAUUCUGCUCAAUCGGAAGAACAACUAAGGCUACGUCUGAAGCCAAAUGAACUGGAAGAGUAUGGUGAUGCAUUCAUUCCAGAGUUUGUUUAUGAAGUGAUUAGGCAAUUGCCACGCUUCCGAGACAUGCGGCGAGGUCAUCAGCAAGAUGCGCAAGAGUUUUUGGGCUUCCUUCUGGAGGAGAUGCAUGAAGAGUGUGCUCGUGCCGGGCAGCAUACCUCGACAGCCAAAGCGGAAUCUCAUGAUGAUGAAGCCUCUGCAGGCGGUCAGGCUGAUGGAUGGCUGGAAGUUGGCCACAAGCAGAAACCUGCGGUCACACGGUCUACCGGAGAUAUCGGCCAGGACACACCAAUCACUCGGAUUUUCGGUGGAAAGAUUAGAUCAGAGUUCAAAGUUCCCGGGAAUAAGACUUCUGUGACUUUGGAACCUUACCAGUCACUCCAGCUCGACAUUGGGUCUGCUGAUGUCCAGAACAUCGUUGAUGCCCUCAAGGGUUUGACCAAGUCGGAAAACAUCCAGGGUGAUUUUAACUCGUCGCGCGGUCCUAAUGUUACAGCGACCAAACAGAUAUUCAUUGAGAGUCUACCACCUGUCCUCAUUCUUCAUCUGAAGCGCUUCCAGUACGACAGCGUGACCCAGGGCACGCAGAAGAUCUGGAAGAAGAUCGGGUACCCGCUCGACCUUGAGAUCCCUCGCGAAGUUUUCCCGCCCCACAGACGUAAUGUUCUGAUGGCCCACGGUGGUCUUCCCAAAUAUCGACUUACUGGUGUUAUCUACCACCAUGGAAAGAAUGCCAGUGGCGGUCACUACACGGUUGAUGCCCGACGUCAGGAUGGUCGGCAGUGGAUUCGCCUUGAUGACACUGUUAUCCGCCAUGUCAGAAGCGAGGAUGUCGCCGAAGCUGGCUCGGAGGAAGACCCGAAGGCACUUGCUGCUGUACUAGAGCAGCACAAGCGUGACAAGGAUCCGAACGCCAACAUUUACGACCACAUUGACCAGAUUGAUGCUGAACAUAUCGACGAAAGAGGCUGGAGUCAAGUCAACGGGACAAGUGGAAGCGGUUAUUCUAGCAAGAAGUCCACAUCCGCUAGCCCAGCUCCAUCGGCUUGGACCCCGAGGACUGAAUUGCGGGACAAUAAGGUCGCCUACCUGCUGUUCUAUGAGCAAAUCGCAUGA